CAUCCUAUAGAUUGUCUCAGAGGGUGCAAAGGUCUGCUCCAAUCCCUUUCCUCCAUUUACCAAGCACCUGUGGGUGAGAGAGAGCCUUGGUUCUGCCCUCAGAGAGCUUUCCCUCUGGCUCAGCUACUCACAACACCAAGCUCCAAGCGGGUGCAAGGCUUCGUGGAAGAACUGGAAAGCCACCCUGACAGUUCACACCCUACUGGUGGCUGGACAGACUGGCGAGCCAGGAGUCGCCUCAAAACCAGGGGUACGGGGGAAGGGGGUUGGGAGGGAUGAAGCAUCUGUGGCCCGCACACCACAAGCUCAUCCCCGUCUCCCUCCCCUGAAGCAGAGGCUCCAGGCAAAGCGUGACCCGGGAGGUUGGUGAGCUCCCUGGUGUCCCCGGAAGAGAGGCGGUGUCCGGUCAGCAGCAGCCUCGCGCUCUGCCUUGAGCUCCCUGACCAGCUCCUUUGCGCAUCUUGUCAGGAUCCCGGGUCCGGGUUCAGCCACGCCUCCGCCUCCGUCUCCCAGCUUGCGGCCUAGCUGGAGCUCCCAGGGGCAGGACCGAGCAAAGGUCCAGGCCCGCCCUGCUGCUCUCCCUGUGUGUCCCGGGAGCGCGCGCCUGCAAGACCCGAGCGCGUGCAGGACCGAGCGGCGGCGCGCGGGUAAUCUCAACCCAACAAGAUGUUUGCCAAAGCAACUCGGAACUUCCUUAAAGAAGUUGAUGAUGGAGGAGAACUGAUCUCAGUCUCACACUUGAAUGACUCUGACAAACUGCAACUUCUAAGUCUGGUGACCAAAAAGAAGAGAUACUGGUGCUGGCAGAGACCCAAGUACCAGUUUUUAUCUGUCACCUUGGGAGAUGUUCUCACCAAAGGGCACAGUCUCAGUCCAGUGGUCGUGGAGUCAGACUUCGUGAAAUACGAAAGCAAGUUUGAGAACCAUAAGAGUGGAAACAUCGGGACGGUUGUGGGGAAGAUGAAGUUGAACGUUGGGGGCAAAGGUCUGGUGGAGAGUUGCUCUUCGUUUGGGACCCUGAGGAAGCAGGAGGUGGAUGUGCAGCAGCUCAUCCAGGACGCGGCCGGGAGAUCAGUUAACCUGGACAACCCAGUGCUUCAGCAGGUGCUAGAGCGGAAGCACGAGGUCCUGUGCGUGCUGACGCAGAAGAUCGUGACCACGCGGAAGUGUGUGAUCUCUGAGCAUGUGCAGACGGAGGAGAAGUGUGGAGGCAUGGUGGGGAUCCAGACCAAGACGGUGCAGGUGUCAGCGAUGGAGGACGGGACCAUCCUCAAGGACACCAACGUGGUGCUGGAGAUCCCCGCUGGCACCACCAUUGCCUGUGGCAUCAUGGAGCUGUAUGUGAAACAGGACGGCCAGUUUGAAUUCUGCCUCCUCCAAGGGAAGCAUGGUGGCUUCGAGCACGAGAAGAAAGCUGACUCUGUCUACCUGGACCCCCAGGCGUACAGAGAGUUCGCGUUCCUGGACAUGCUGGACGGGGUCCAAGGGCGCUCUCUGCAGGAUGGGUCACUGCAUGUCUUAAAACAAGCAAACAUGCACCUAGAGAGGAGCUUCCGCCCCUUUGCGGUGUUACCUGAACAGCAGCAGAGGGCGCUCUUCCGCCUCCUGCAGACAGUCCUGUUUGAUGAGGAGCUGCUCGUGGCCCUGGAACAAGUGUGUGAUGACAUGGCUGGUGGCCUCUGGUCCUCGCAGACUACAUUGGCAAUGGAGGAGUUGACUGGCAGUCAGCAGCAGGACCUCACGGGCUUUCUACAGUUGGUGGGGUGCAAGGUCCAGGGGGAGCAUCCUGGCCCGAAGGAUGAGAUCAGCAACCAGAAGCUCUUUGCAACAGCCUACUUCCUGGUCAGCGCACUAGCAGAAAUGCCAGAUAAUGCCACAGUUCUCCUGGGGACUUGCUGUAAACUCCAUGUUAUUCCUAUGCUGUGCCACUUGCUUCACGCUCUGUCUGGUGACCAAGCAUGUAAUUUUGAAGACCCCACCCUGGCUCCUCUGAGAGACACAGAGCGGUUUGGGAUUGUGCAGCGGUUGUUUGCUUCUGCUGACAUCGCCCUGGAGAGGAUGCAGUUUUCUGUGAAAGCCACCAUGCUGAAGGACUCUUGCAUCUUCCCACUAAUUCUUCACAUCACUCUAAGUGGGCUCUGCACUCUCAGCAAUGAGCAUGAAUAAAGUCAGUGUUAGAAGUACAUGAUUUUGGCUAGGACUAUGUACUUCUCAGAAUUGAGAAAAUAUUUGGGAUUUGGGGCCCAAGCGGGUUACAAGUCUGUCAAUGAAUCCCACAGCACAGUAAGAGCGGAGACUGUGAAUGCCUGCAGACACUGAUUUCUUUUCAUCACAGCGCGACUGUGCCAAUACACACCAGACCACGGCAACUUUGGCAGAUUUCAACACCCGAGUUACUAGAAAAGAAUCAUGUGCUCUGUUCCAUUCACUUCUGAUACACAAAACCAGAAGAGCCCGAAACUUUACUUCAAAAUUCAUCUUAAGGUGUGGAUGCUAAGGAUAGCUAUUUUUUCUUCACAACUUUCACAAGUUAUACAUUAAUGACUGGGAAACUAUAAAUGCCACUUAAGUAUAUGAAACAAUUAAGAAAUCUAAUGUCACUCACCUCAACAUGGGGAUUUAGACAUAUCCCUAUUAUUUGACUUUGUUAUGCUUUGAUGAACAUACUAUGUCUGCAACAAUUCUAGUGAGUCCUGGGAAUUUGACACGUUGCAAUUUCUAUCAAAGGUAAUUCUGAACUACGUACAGUUGGCUGUUUAAUCAGUUCUGAUGCCAUUCUGCGACAGCAGGCUUGGACAAUCUCCCCAAGCCUCCUGAUUUUACUGACAACAUCUGUUGCUGUUGGUCAGACCAGAUGCCCCUGGGCAGUGGUGGUGGUGGUGGUGGCAGUGGCAGCAAGAUGCAUGUUAGCCUGUAGGUUUAACCUUCACCCUCGUGUCCCCCUCAGAUUAUAAGGAAGAGUAACGAUGACAAAAUAAAUAACGGCUAUUAAGAAUGAGAUUCAACAUUAUGCAGCUGCCUCUUUCAGGGGUUUUAAAGUUACCAGCAGCACUGCUCAGAAAUAAACUGACUAGAAGUGAAGACGGAAAAUACAAACACGUGUACUUGUGUUAAGUUGGUGGUGCCUUGUCUCUUUCUGGCAUUGGCCAUGAAGAGGAGGCUGUGAACAGAACAUAUAUGAAUCUCCAGGUGUGGGUGGGAAUGCAUGGAGUUGAGGAGAAGCCAGCAAUGGCUUACAACAGUUGAGGGACUUUGAGCCUGGCACAGAAGACAGAAAGUGCAGCUCCUCACCUUUGCAUUCUGCUUAGAAUUUCCUAUUAUCCUUCUAAUUAAAAAAAAAAAAAAAAAAACAAAACACCCUGAAAAUAAGAUGGGUCAUUAAAGGUUUUUUUUUUUUUUUUUUUUUUUUCAUUUUAUGUGCAUAAGUGUGAAGGUGUCAGAUCUCUUGGAAUUGGGCAUCAUCACAGGCUUGUGAGCUGUCAUGUGGGUGCUGAGAAUUGAACCUAGGUCCUUUGGAAGAGCCGGCAUUGCUCUUAACCACUGAGCCAUCUCUCCAGUCCUCAUUCAUGAUGGGUCAUUUUAAGAUAGAAAGUGACCAUAAAAGUGACUGGGAGAGACCGUUCAGUGGGUAAAUGCUUUAUAAAACAAACAAAUAUAAAAGGGGCAGCAGGGACCGUUCAGUGAGGAAGUGCUUACUGUGCAAGUACGAAAACCUGAGCUUGCACCUCUAGCAACCACGUAGAAUGCCAGGCAUUAUGUUUACACCUGUACUACCAGCACUGGAAGGCAGAGACAGAGACAGGAAGAUAUCUGGGCUUGGCUUGCCAGACUAGCCAAUCAGAGGGCUUCAGUUCCAGCCAGGAAACCUGUCUGGAAACAAAACAAACCUGGAAAGCAACAGAGGAAGGUAUCUCUACCCUCUACGUGCAUAUAUGAACACGUGGGCACUCUUUUGGAGACACCAGAAAGACUCUGAAGUACCAUGUUCCUAAAUGUGAGUUAUGGAAUCCUAGAAAUCAGCAUGGGAGAGCUGCAAGGAGCCCUUCUGGAAAGGCUGCCUGUGCACAAAGCCAAUUUUGGUGAUUUCCUGCUUUUUUCCUGCAGGCCCAGUAUAAAAUGCAGGUCACAACAAGUGCUUGAUGAAACACGUGGUUCUCUUUCCUACACAGACAGCAAGUGGCCAUAGUGAUUCAGUGUCUAAACAGCGUCUUUGUUUCUUGAUCCUGAAUCUUCUCAACUCUGAAACCCUUUUCUACGAAAGCCACCAAUGUGCAUCAGCCAGAAUAGAAACAAAAGCAUAGAGAAGAAUCUUGCUGAAAAGUAGAGGCAUGAAAAUUUAUUUAGGUGGGAAAAAUUAUGUCAGGGACUUUAAAAAAAUCAUUUAAAUUAAAGCUAAUUGCAAUAAUUUUAAACAUAUAUGGAAAUUUGUUAAAAGACUUAUAGUUUCUGAAAAAUCAGUCCUUACUGUAUUUCUUCAUUUUUCUUUUAUUAAUUACAAUUUUUUCACUUUGUAUCCCGGCUGUGGCCCCCUCUCCUCUUCCCCCCUUAUGUCCCUCCCCAAGUCAGGAGAGGUCCUCCUCCUCUACUAUCUGACCCUAGCCUAUCAGGUCUCAUCAGGACUGUCCGGAACCUUUUUCUCUGUGACCUAGUAAGGCUACCUGGCCAGGAGGAGGUGAUUAAAGAGCAGGCAACCAAGUUCACGCCAGUGACAGCGCCUGUUCCCUUUACUAGGAAACCCACAUGGAGACUGUGCUGCCCAAGGGUUACAUCUGAGUAGGGAAUCCUAGGUCCUCUCAAUGCAUGGCCCUUGGUCGAUUCAUCAGUCUCUGCAGGACCCCUUAGGCCCAGAUUUCUAGCUCUGUUGGUUUCCUUGUGGAGCUCCUGUCCCUUCCAGGUCUGUCUGCCUUUUCUUAAGAUUCCCUGCUCUCUGCCCAAAGUUUGGCUAUAAGUUGCAGCAUCUGCUUCAAUAACCUACUGGGUAGAGUCUGUCAAAGGUCCUCUGUGGAAGGCUCCUGUCCUGUUCUCCUUCUGAUGUCUAUCCUGUUUGCCCUUCUGAGUGAGGAUUAAGCAUCUUUCCUAGGGUCCUCAUUGUUUCGCUUCUUUAGGACUAUAGAUUUUAGUAUGUUUAUCCUGUUAAAUGGCUAAUAUCUACUUAUAAGUUGAGUAUAUACCAUGUGUGUCUUUCUGCUCCUGGGUUACCUCAGGAUAAUAUUUUCUAGUUCCAUCCAUUUGUCUGCAAAUUUCAUGAUUUCCUUGUUUUUAAUUGCUGAGUAGUAUUCCAUUGUGUGAAUGUACCACAAUUUCUUUAUCCAUUACUCCAUUGAGGAAUAUCUAGGUUGUUUUCAGAUUCUGGCUAUUAUGAAUAAAGCUGGUAUGAACAUGACUGAGCAAGUGUCUUUGCUGUAUACUUGAGCAUCUUUUGGGUAUACACCUAGGAGUGGUAUAGCUGAUCUUGAGGUAGCACUAUUGUCUGAGAAAGCGCCAGAUUGAUUUCCAAAAUGGUUGUGCAAGUAUACCUUCCUACCAGCAAUGGAGGAGGGUCCCCCUUUCUCCACAUCCUCUCUAGCAUGUGUUCUCACUUGAGUUCUUAAUCUUGGCCAUUCUGAUGGGUGUAAGGUGAAUCUCAGAGUUGUUUUGAUUUGCAUUUCCUGAUGACUAAGGACGUUGAACACUUAAGUGUUUCUCUGCCAUUCAAUAUUCCUCUGUUGAGAAUUCUCUGCUUAGUUCUGUACCCCAUUUUUUAAAUUGAUUUACUUGAUUUGUUGCUAUUUAACCUCUUCAGUUCUUUUUAUAUUCUGGAUAUUAACACUGUCAGAUAUAGGGUUGGUGAAGAUCCUUUCCCAAUCUGUAGGUAGUCGUUUUGUUCUGACGACAGUGUCCUUUGCUCUACAGAAGGUUUCCAGUUUCAUUAGGUCCAUUUAUUGAUCAUUGAUCUUAAAGCCUGUGCUGUUGGUGUUCUGUUCAAAAAGUUGUCUCCUGUGUUCAAGGCUCUUCCCCACUCUUUCUUCUAACAGGUUUAGUGUGUCUGGUUUUAUGUUGAGGUCUUUGAUCCACUUACUGUAUUACAGGAAAUAAAUGCACACAAGGACAGCAGCAAUGUUCCUCUUUGCAGAAACUAGUAAUGCAGAUACUUAGAAAGCAGGGAUGCUUAAUUUUUAUCUUUAAACCUUUUUGUUAGAAAUACAGGCCAGCUAGUUGUCUUCAAUUGAAAAGUCGUUAUGGUCACUUCAGAGGGUGGGAUUUAAAAAAGAAUGUGUUUCUGUUAGGUCCGAACAGGAGGAAAAUAUGCAAAAAUGAACUUGGGGUUCUGUUAAAAUUUCCAUCAAAUGCUCUUUGUGGGCUCUGACAACUCAAAAUAACUUGCUGAACACUUGUGCUAAUUUUAUGUCAACCUGACACAGGCUAAUUUUCUUAGAGGAGGGAGCCCCAAUUAAGAAAAUGCUUCCAGAAGAUGGGCUGUAGGCAAGCCUUUAGGACAUUUUAAUUAUUGAUUGGUGGGGGAGAACCCAGCCUGUUGUGGUUGGUACCAUCCCUGGGCUGGUGGGCCUGGAUUUUAUUACAAAAAAAGAAAAAAAAAAAAAAAAAGGGAGGCUGAGCAAGCAGCACCCCUCCAUGGCCUCUGCAUCAGUUCCUGCCUUCAGGUUCCUGUCCUGUUUGAGUUCUUAUCCUGACUUCCUUUGGUGAUGGGCUGUGAUGUGGAAAUGUAAGUUAAAUCAACUCUUUCAUCACCAAGUUGCUUUGGUGAUGGCAUUCAUCACAGCAAUAGCAAUCAUAACUAAGAUAACACUAUUGCUCAUUCUUCUGCAAGCAUCACUUAAGAAAAAAUAUAUCAGAGUUACGGAAGAAACAGAAACCAUCAUCAGUUCUUUUAAGAUGACAUUCAGCAAAAUUUGCAUUUUGUGUUCAAUGUGUAUGAGCUACUGGUGUAGGGGAACUAUGGAGUAACAACAUUAAUGCUAUGAAGGACUUACUAAUAACCUUGCUUAGUAGAU